UUUCCGCUCUUGCCAGUCUGUUUCCACGCUUGAGACGCGUUCACGAGUUGUGUCAUGAUUACUCAUGAGCGUCAGCGUGUGUUUACAGCCACUGAAGUGACGCGUCGCGUCUCAGCGCGCGGAGCUGCGCCACAAUCCACUUUCUGCCGCUUUCCUGCGCGGUGUGCGCUUCACAGGAAUGGAAAACAAAGUUCCUGAUGACGGGGCGUACAUCCAUGAACUAUGUCCAAGAAAGUAGAUUAUUGUUGUUGUAUUCAUAUUAUCAUUUACGAUUAUGGCGGCGUCGCAGCGCGCGAGACACCCUGAACUUAAACAGAGCGAAGCGUGGAAGCGUCACAUUAUCAGACAGCUGAAAUAUCGCAACAGGACACAGACGAGCGUCUUCCAGGAUCUCAUAGAGUCAUAUCACAGUCUGCUGGAAAAGACCAAUCAAAGAGCCCUCAUAACCAAAGGCAUUCUGGGAUCAGGCUCAAGGUCCUCGCUAUCUGAAGAUUCGCUGGCGUCUCUGAAGACAAGCACCGGGGAGCUCGCGUAUCAAGUGGUGGAACUGCAGCAGAGGAUCCAGAUAAAGGAAGUGACACUGGAUGAACAGCAUACCAAGGUGUAUGAGGUCCAGAACCAUCUCAGUGUUUUGGCGUCAGAGCACAGCGUGCUUCAGGAACGUGUGUCGGAGGUGCAGACGAGGAACCGACUUCUGAAACAGGAAUAUGAUUCCCUGCUGGAGCAGCACCGGGACAUGGAGAGCACGUACCGACAAGAGAAACUGCGCAGCUCCGAGAUCCUGGAGAACAUGAUCCUUCCAAAACAGCAGGCUGCAGACCGCAUGAACCAUCACAACGAGAAGAGAGUGAGAGCAAAGGAGGCCAGUCUUCACAAAGAUCUUCAGAUGGCUGCCAGUCAGAAUGUGAACAUUAAUGAAGAGUCUGGAAAUGUGUCGCCUCCUAAACCAUCAUCCCCUAAUCCUGAGUCUUCACAGAGGUCAGAGAGAACCCAUGCACCACUUUUAAGGUCUGCUUCAGCUACAUCCCCCCGCAUCCUCAGCUCCAUCAGAGGACUUUUUGAGAGUAAGAUCAGAGGGAGAUCUGUUUGCCGGUCAGAGGAAGAUCUCUAUAUACCGUUAGGAGUCUGUCUGGCUGCAAGAGUCCCCACCAAGGCCAUUUUCACAGUGGAUGCACAUGAGCUGGGAAUCAACGCUGUGAGGUUCAGUACCAGUUCAAACCUGUUGGCUACAGGAGGAACUGACCGAGUCAUCAAACUGUGGGGCAUUGAAGCAGGAACUCUUCAGAACAGAGGGACGUUAGAUGGAAGUAAUGAGGGGAUCACCAGCAUUGAGUUCGAUCCUACGGGCACUCGGAUUUUAGCUGCAUCAUAUGACAAGUCGGCUCUAUUUUGGAGGCUAGAGGACAGCGUUCCCAAGCUUACGCUGACGGGUCAUUCUCGUAAAGUGACAGCAGCCAGAUUUAAAUGCAGUCAGAAGCAGGUGGUCACAGGCAGUGCGGACAGGACCGUGAAGAUCUGGGACCUCCAGCGAGCAGCGUGCAUACAAACCAUUGAGGUUUUGUCUUGCUGUAGUGAUGUUGUGUGCUCAGAGUACCUUAUCAUCAGCAGCCAUUAUGACAAAAAAAUACGGUUUUGGGACAGCAGGGCAGGGAGCUGCACACAGGAAGUGCCUCUUCAGGGCAGAGUGACAUCACUGGACCUCUGCCCCAACCACAGACAGCUGCUCAGCUGCUCCAGAGAUGACAUCCUGCAGCUGGUUGACCUGAGAAAGAGUAACGACAGGGUGGCCUUCAGAGCAGAGGGCUUCAAAUGUGGAAGUGACAGCACCAAGGCCAUUUUCAGUCCGGAUGGCAGUUUCCUGGCAGCUGGCUCUGCAGACGGUGCCGUCUACAUAUGGAAUGUGAACACAGGAAACCUGGAAAAACGGCUUCCUGAAAUGCACAGAGCUUCGAUAAGCGCUGUGGCCUGGUCGUUGUCAGGUGAAUAUGUGGUGAGUGUGGAUAAGAGCCGUCGAGCUGUGCUCUGGAGUGAUAUCUGAGAGCAGACGUGGGCUGCCUUUUUCCAUCUUAUCAACUGAAGUCACUCCUGGAAAUGCACUCCAAAACACAGCCCUGUUGGGAAAAGCUCACACGCUGCACUUCGUCAAUAACAAGAGCUGUAGUAUUGUGACGGUCUUUGUUGUCAUCCAAACCGCAGACAGAUGUGCUGAUGUUACGAGGUCUGGCGACUGUCGAGCGGAGCUGUCUGGGUUCGUUUUAAAACCUUGUUACACAUGAACUACUGACGCAGGACAUGUCGAAGCGUUUGUAGGCCUUCCUGUUGCUUGAUUCUUACUGUAAUUGUCAGUAACUUUAAAAUGGGAGAUCUCUUGACAUACACCAGAUAUAGCUGCCUCUGGGAUUUGAUAUCAAAGGGAAACAUGAACAGAAUGGAUUCAGCCUGUUUAAAGGACAUAGCAACACAUUUCUGAAUACAUGGAAACUCAACCCAGUGUAUUCGCAUCUCAGUCCUAUUUUUAGAGACCAAAACACAGAAUAGACACACAAUGUUGAAUGCCUGGUAAAAGACCAUUGUAUACUGUCACACAAUGACAUUGAUUCUUGAAUGCAAUAUAAAAUGAGAUAUAAAUAUUAUAAAUUGAAAAAGAUAUUUAUGCUUUAUUGUUCAAAAUAGUGGGGUCAGUAUUUAUUUUUUUUAAGAUAUGAAUGUUUCUAUUCAGCAAAUUGAUCAAAAGUGACGUAAAAAGAUAAGAGCUGUUCUUUUGAACUCUCUAUUCAUCUAAAAAUAUUACCUUGAAACCGUUUAAGUCAAUAAGAAAUAUUUAUUAGCACACGACUGCAUUAACUGGCUGCUGAAAAUUCAGCUUUGCAUCACCGGAAUAAAUACCAUUCAAAAUAAAAUAGAGAAAAAUUCAAUUAUUUUAAAUUGUAAUAAUAUUUUAUUAUUAUUUAUAAAUUAAUAUUAAUCAAAUGCAGCCUUGGGAAGCAGAAGAGACUGACCCCAAAUGUUUGAAUGCUAGUGUAUGUAUUUCAAGAUGUCUUCGAACACAAUAAAAAUCUUGGGACCAUUGUGAUGUAUUUGAUGAUCAUAUUGAUCUGCUUCUAUAUCACUAAUGAAAUAUACUCAAACUAAUUUGUGACAUCAUCAUUAUGAUAAUAAUUAUCCCAUUCUGAAAAACCAAAUCUUCAACGGGAUGAUCCCAUUAAAACAAACGGGAGACAGAUGCACCAAAUAUUCUGUUUGUUGAUUUUCACAUUUAGAUUUUCACUCGAAUUGUUAAGCCAAUCACUUGUAAUACAUUUAUUUUAUUAAUUUAGAAAAAAGCUAAAUGAAUCAUUUUCCCUAGUGGUCUGAGAUAUUUAGACCUCACUGUGUGUUGUUAAUCACCGCCUCGGGGAAGUGCUCACUGACUCCAGUAAUUUAUUAUAAAAAGGGACUCGAGUGUUUUAAAAAUGAAUGAGAGGAAGCCUUGCCCUCCUCCUAACUCUUUAGUGCUGCCAUAGAGACCCAGGAUGCUCGCUGCUAAACUGCGCUCAGAUUAGCAUUUAAAAGAGCCCUGUGUCUGACGAGAAUCACAGCGCAGCGCUCCGACUGACUUUGAAGACCCUCAUUACUGCCAUCAGAGAUCACACGAGUCCAGCUAAUGCACCUGAUAUGAUCUGCUGUGUCAUUUGCAUGUUAAUUAGAGGUUAGAUGAGGAAAGUCUAACGCCCAUCUUACGCUUCUCAGCUGUUGGACCACAGAGAUGUAAUGUAGAGUCUGGAAUAUUUAUUAACUUAAAGCCAUAUGUGCUAGUUUAUAUGAUGACGCGCAUGUGCCACAGAAAUCUCUGAUCUCACUGAAGAACAUUGUAUUGUAACUUAAUGAAAUACAGAAAUGUGUGAAUCUCAAAAAAAUUAAAAUGUCCAGAUCACCCCAAAAUCAAAAGAAAAAAAUUAUAUUUCAUAAGAUCAUAAUUUUUUUUUAUAAAAGUUUGAGAAGUUAUAUUUUCAUAAUUAUUUUUAGAUUAAAUUAGCAUAAAGUCAGAACAACAAAUUUUGUCAUGAUUAAAACUUUUCAUGUUAAAAAUGCAUACAAAAUAUGUAUGUUUGCAUAUGGUAACAAGUUAUAUUUUCCCCAUGCAAUAAUGAGAGUUAGGGUGAAAAUCAUAAUUUUUAUGAAAAGGAAAAAUUACAAAAUGUAAAUAUUUGAAUUUAAUAUGUUUAAAGGUUUGUCUUGGCAUGUUUUUCAUGAACUUCUUGAAAUACUCUGGUUAAGUAAAUCAAAGCCACUUCAUGAUAUUAAGUAACAGAGAAACAUCUUUUUGACAAGUAAAAAAUAACAAAAAAAAAAACAAAAAAAACUGUCAGACAUUUUGAUUUACAUUAAAUAAUUGAUGUACAAUUGGUUUAAACAGCUAAUUUCUUCAUGCAUACUUGGAGCAACAGAUUUAUUUGACCGUAAAAGUGCUGUUGUAUUUUUAGAGGAAAGCAUGUGUUUUCUUUUUUAAUCAUAUCGUUACGGAGCAAAACUCUGCCUUUUCAAAUGUGGAUUGUUCUUAAAGCAGCACAAUUAUCAAGAGAAAAGCUGUAUAUCUGUUAACAACAUUCAUUUGUGUAAUUUUUUGUUUUGUUUUCUAAUGUUUAACUGUUAAAUAUAUUGUCUUUAUUUUAUGUGACCAGAAAAUAAAUAAGACCAAGGACCAAAA